AACUAUGGGGUUUAUAGGAAGAGCCACCAAAACAUGAAUUUUAUAUGUAUACUGUUUAUCAGUUGCUGCAUCGGAGAAGGUGAAACCGGCCACGAAGAGAAAAGAGAAAGGAGACUUGUGGUGAGGUGCCGGCAAAAAGUGUAAGCAGGAGAAGUGGGAAUAGGAAUAGGAAUAGGAAUAAGAAGGGUAUUUUGUUUUAUGGUAUGAAAAUGGCGGCGAGGCAAAUGGAAGAGAUACAGAGGAAACUGGGGAUGCUGAAUUAUCCAAGAGCCAAUGCUCCUGCUCAGUCCCUCCUCUUCGCUGGCAUGGAGCGCUACUCCCUUCUCGAAUGGCUCUUCUUCCGCUUAUUGGGUGACAAAUCCCCCUUCUCCCAACAAACUCUUCAAGGAGACACCAUGGAUCGCGACGAAGAGACUGCUCGUAUUCAGUAUUUGGCAGAGAUCGCCAAGUUUCUGGGUAUAACAACCAGUGUGGACACUGAAGCCAUUCAAGGACGAGGGAGCUAUGAAGAUCGCACCGAAAUGCUUCGUCUCAUUGUAGAUCUUGUGGAGGCCAGCAUCUAUGCUGAUAAUCCUGAUUGGAGUGUUGAUGAGCAGGUAACAAAGGACAUACAACUAAUUGAUUCCAUUGCUGAGAAGCAAGCUCAAAUUUUCUCCGAAGACUGCAAGUUGUUCCCUGCUGAUGUUCAGAUUCAAUCCAUAUACCCAUUGCAUGAUGUUUCUGAGCUAGAGACCAAGCUUGCAGAACAAUCAAAGAUACUCUUAAAUCUUCAACAAAAGGUUGAUGAUUUGGCAUCAAAGCAUGCAUACAACCCAGAUGAGGAGUAUAUGGAUGUGGAAUCCCAAUUGCGGGCACACUUGGAGUCGUUCCUUGAAACUGCAAGAUCAUUCAACAUGAUUUAUACUAAGGAAAUUCGUCCAUGGACACACAUGAUGGAGGUACCCCAGCUUCAUGGGUUUGGGCCAGCUGCCAAUCGCUUGUUGGAGGCCUACAAGAUGCUUUUGAAGUUCUUAGGGAACUUGAGAAAUCUUAGAGAUUCACAUGCAGCUCUUGCUGUUGGAUCAUCUGAAACAAUUGCUGGUGAGCCCUCAUCUGUGACCAGAAUAAUCUCGGAAUGUGAAUCUGCCUUGACAUUCUUAAAUCGUGACCUUGGAAUUCUUUCGGCGUCCAUUGCUCGUGAGCAGGAUGAAGAGGUAAAUUUAAGAUAAAAUUGUCACAAGUGGUGGAAAGAGUAUUAUUACUUUUCAUCUGGAAAUUUAUUGGAAAUCACAAUCUCAUGUUUCUGUAUAAUGAAUAACUUGAAUGGCUUAUGUGAGGGUAGUAAGUGUUUGGCAAUGUAGUGUGGUGUUUUGUUGUGGAUGUAAAACAGUGCAUGUAACGCUGGACUUCAGAAUUUUGCAUUGGAUAUGGAUCAACUGGAGGAACUCAGAAUCCUUGCUGA